GCGUGUGUGUGUCUGGAUGUGCAUUGGGCUCUCAAUAAAAAUAGAAAGAGCUUUACAAAAUAGAUCGAGUGGAAGCCACAGCACAAGAAGCUCACACAAAUAUGAAGAGCAGCUCCCUGCUUCUGCUUCUCGUCUCAGCAGCAGCGAUUCUCUUCUUCGCGACCAUUCCCUGCGCCCAAUCCAAGCUCGACUCUCAACCACCAACGCAAGGGGAGAGAGGGAAGGGGAAGUUGAGGCCGUGGCCAUGCUGCGAUCGGUGUGGCCCAUGCACCCGGUCCAUCCCGCCCCAAUGCCGUUGCCUGGACAUGGUGAGGUCGUGCCACCCUGCAUGCAAGAAGUGCGUUCGAUCCCCGCUCAGCUUCGACCCGCCGCUGUUUCAGUGCAUGGACGUGAUCACCAACUAUUGCAAGCACAAGUGUAGUAGUAAUGUUAAAAGUUUAUAUCGCUUCUAGUACUUCUCCCUCUUAAUUUAGAUCUCUCUCUCUCUCUCUCUCUCUCUCAUCCUAGGGUACGUACGUAGUGUUGCAUUGUGUAUUAGGAUGACUCUGUAGUAGGGAAUAUUGUAGGAUGUUUAUCAUGAUCAGAGGUUAACUUGUGUACAUUAUAUAUGAGAGGUUAUCAUGAUCAGAGGUUAACUCGCAAUCUACAUUAUAUAUGAGAAGCUCCUUGGUUCUACCUUGGAGGCCGGUGAAGCAAUUACUCGAGUACUAAGGUGAUAAUGCUCACAAGGGAAUGGAAAUAUGGCUGUUGAUGAAGAAAUAUUAGUCUUCGUAUCCAAUUUUAUACGCGGAGUUUUUUAUUCCUGUGCAUGCAUAAAUGAAUAAUGAAUCUAAUGAUUUUAUGGAGAGAAA